UCAGUUUAUAUCAAUAAUAAUGUAGGAAGGAAUCCAUAUCCAAAAGAUAAAGACCAAGAAAUCACUUGUCUCUGUCAACAACAUUCACGAUUCAUUUUCAUUCAUCCAUCAACCAAAAUGAUAAACAUAAAACACAAAAAUUCUCUUAUUAUGUCCAACACUACCCAAGUUAAUGUCCCUCUUCUACAACAAAACCACGAAAACUCACAACAAGAAGACCCAAUUCCACAAAAUGGAUCAAUUUCCGGGGCAGUGUUCAACAUAUCAACAACAAUGGUGGGUGCCGGAAUCAUGUCGAUUCCGGCAACUAUGAAAGUUCUUGGUAUAAUUCCAGGAUUGGUGGUGAUUGUGUUGGUGGCAGUUAUAACGGAUUUAACGGUUGAGUUUAUGUUAAGGUGUACAAGCUCCGGUAAAGCCCUUACAUAUGCGGGUAUGGUGGGUGAGUCAUUUGGGGCCGUUGGAUCUCUUGCUGUUAAGAUUUGUGUCAUCACAACUAACCUUGGUAUCCUCAUCGUCUAUUUCAUUAUUCUUGGAGACGUGCUAUGUGGAAAUGAAUUCAAUGGUACAACACAUUUGGGUAUUCUACAACAAUGGUUUGGUAUCCACUGGUGGACAUGUCGCACUUUUGCUCUUCUUAUUGUUGCACUCUUCAUAAUGCUUCCCCUACUUAUGUUACGACGUGUAGAUUCACUCAAGUAUAGUUCUGCAUUAUCAAUCCUACUAGCAUUGGUUUUUGUUGUAAUAUGCUCAUCAAUGGCGUUUAAUGCAUUAUGGUUUGGGAAAACUCAAUCGGUCAGAAUUUUGCCUGAUUUCUCUCAAGUCACUGCCCUUGAUCUUUUCACUACUGUCCCUGUUUUUGUCACAGGGUUUGGAUUCCAUGUCAAUGUUCAUCCGAUUAGAGCAGAGCUUGUAAAACCUACAGACAUGAGUAUCGCCGUGCGAAUUUCGUUGUUAGUUUGUGUGGCUAUUUACUUUGCUAUAGGAUUCUUUGGAUACCUAUUGUUUGGGGACUCCAUCAUGCCCGACGUGUUGGUAAACUUCGAUCAAAACUCCGAUUCAAGCGUCGGUCGAUUGCUCGACAACAUUGUUCGACUAAGCUAUGCACUCCAUCUUGCACUUGUGUUCCCAAUCAUGAACUUUUCAUUGAGGACUAACAUUGAUGAACUAUUAUUCUCAAAGAGAAAUAAGCCUCCUUUGGCAUUGGACACCCCAAGAUUUGUGUCACUCACUCUUGUUUUGCUAGCUUUCACAUACUUGUUGGCUGUGACUAUUCCAAAUGUUUGGUAUUUUUUUGAGUUCUUGGGAUCUACUACCAUUGUUUGCCUCUCAUUUCUCUUCCCUGCUGCAAUUAUUCUAAGGGAUAUAUAUGGCAUAUCAAAAACAAAAGAUAAAGUGAUGGCAAUAGUGGUGAUUGUUUUGGCUGUUGUAACAAGUGGAAUUGCUAUAUGGACCAAUUUGUAUGGUUCCACCAGUGCGGACCAAUCAUAAUGUUAUUAUCAUUUUCAAGUUUGAGAGCAUCUUGAUUCAGUUGUUCGCUCCAAAAGAGUGGUUCUACUUCUAGAAGGAUGUGAUUAAUAUAUCGUGUAAAUGAAUUUAUAAAAAAAAGUGUAUCCCUAGAUUUGAUAUUCUUGAAUUCUCUUAUUUUUCUAUUUGUUACAAAUUAUAUUAUAUAACUCAUAUUGGUCAUUCUUCAGGUCA